UGCGCAUUUAAUGUUUUGAAAAUAUACAGGUGAAAAUCGAAAAUUUUACGUUUGGAAAGUAAUAUGUGACAAUUUUGAGGAACUAAAGGCAAAGAAAUUGUAACAGUGUAUAUGAUUUACUGAUUUCUUUCACAGGGAAUAUAAAAUCUCUGUAGAUUUUUCAGUAUUUUAUCUUAAACUUCACAGGAAUAUUUACUUAAAGGUGGAACAUGGCAGCUCACCCCCCGUCAUUCACCCCAACAGUGUCUGAUGUGUACACUCUUUCAACAUCAAAACAAGUAUUGGUUAGUAAAGACCCAUUGUAUGUACGCAAGGAUGUAGUGAAUGGUCACUAUAUUGGUCGGCAACCAGAAAACUACAUGUUGAUAGCCAUAUUGCUGUGUGUGUUAAAUCCACUUUGUGGACCUAUAGCUCUGAUAUUUGCAGUCAUGUCAGAAAGAGCAUACAGACGGGCGGACAUCAGAUACGCACAAAAGUGGGCAAGCUAUUCAAUCACAUCUUGUAUGUGCAUAUUCAUUUUUACAGUGAUCCUAUAUAUAGCAAUUGGAUUUGCCGUCAGUCCUAUAGGAAUAAAUGGUGGACACAGUUUUGGCGCUAAUUAAACAUACCAUUGUUGCACAGAUUUUUAUAAAACCAUUGUAUUGUUUACUUGUAUAAUUGUUGAUCUGUACAACUUUGGCAGCGUAUGCAAGCAUUCCAAAUAUUUAGUUGUUUCAAGUGGCAAUUAAUCUAUACACAUAGAAAUAAGAUGUUCCAUUCUAAAACUUUGUUGUUUAGUGAAUUGUGUUUUUAUCAAUGAUUUAUCAUUAUUAAUCAAUAGUAAUUAUUAUAAGCCACAAGCUCAAGUAACAAAAUGUAUAACAAGUCUAAAAUGUUAAAAGAAUUAUACAGUACAAAGAAACUUCAAACAUAAGUAUAACUAUGCAUGUAGACAAUUUCUAUGUACAUGAAUUUUAUGCGCAUAUUUGACCAUUUUUUAUCAGGGAUUUUGAAAGUUGUUGAUGCAUAACUUGAUACAGACUGUGUUCUUAUUUUCUCUGUCAUUGAAGUGCAGUGUUUGCAUGUUUUAUUUUUUAUUAAUCUUUGCAAAAGACCUGCUUGUGACAAGAUGCUGAAAAUUCAGAUCUGAUCAGAAAUCAUUGUAUAUUAAGGGACAUACAUGAAAACAAAUUAUAUCAGUCAUAUUUUGUAAUGCCUGCCCCUAAGGCCUACAUAACACAUUGUUAAAUGAGUAAUAACAGGAAAUAGAUAUACUAUAUGCAUGGCUACAGGCAUGAUAUAUUUUGCAAGAAUGUUUCUGUUCAGUAAAAAAAUGUGCUAACUUUAGAGAUUUUGGUGGCUUUGAGGAAGUAAAUUUUCCCAUUUUCUCAAGUAAAAUUUUUUCUAGCUUUGUACAUUAUGUAAUAAAAUGUUCUGUUCAUUUAUACUAGAUUUUUAAGGUAUUUAUCUUAUUAAGCAAUUUCAGUGUCACAAGGACAACAUGCAUGUACAUUUUAAUGUACUUUUUCUUGAGAUAUAGCAACAUGUUAUUAAACUAAUGUUUAAUUACAAAUCAUUUUCUGUUUUCUGAUUAAAUAAUCUGUUAGAAUGCAAAGGAAUUAAAUUAUGCAUUUAGUAAUAAGACUAAGUCGCUAUUUUCUCAUCAUAUGUGUAAAUCUUAAUUAUUGUUUAUAACAUUGUACAAUUGAAUUACAAUUCAUAACUGAAAUCCAAAAUUUAGUUAAGAUAUUAAUUAACUUUUAAAGUUGAAAAAAAAGACAGAAAAUAGUCUGCAUAUUUUUCUAAGUUCUUCAGGGGGUUGUAAAAUAAUAUAUGUUAUAUACCGGUACUAGUGUUUUUAGUAUAUUUUUUAACUGAAAAAUCAUAAUGUAUUUGUAAUAUUGCUUGCCAAUUAUACAUUGUAAUUUCAUUCUAAUGAAAAUUUUGUCAUAGUCUGACACAGUUACGAAAGUAUAUACAAGAAUCAUCUUAAUUAACUCCUUGAGUGAUUAAUGGAAGAACUUAAGUUUCUGUCCUGCAUUUUCAAUUAAUUAACUUCCAUAUGCUUUAUUUUCAAGUUUAUAUUGUAUUAACUUUUCAAAGUGGAUUGUUCAAGUAAGUUGACAUAUUUUCUGUUUCAUUUGUAUCAAUUGAAAUUUUUCUUUGAAAAUACUAACACUUAAAGCUACUAUAUCCCACACAUUGCUGUUUGGGCGUUUUUGUAAUAAAAUGUCAUGACAAGAUAAAAUUUCACCACAGGCUUGUACAUUUAUAUUUAACUAGAUGAUUUAUACAUGACUUGUCCAACAAAAAAAUAUAAGUAAAGUUUUUGCAAUGUUUAUCAUGCUGUAAUUUUAAACCAUUGCAACAUUUUAUUUUGUAAAUAUUGAUUUAAAUUAUAAACACACCUGUUAACUGGUUGCAAGAAGAUCCGUUGGUUGGUUGCGGGUAGAACACUUUUGGUUGAUAUCUUGAUAAUCCGAUUUAAAACUGACAUUUGAUACAUGUUAAUGUGUGUAAUAACAGGGGUGUUUUCUAUCUCAUGAAAACUGCAAAUUUUACCUUGAUGUCUAUUUAAUAACUGUAAACAAAUAUGAUGAUGUUUUUAGACCAAUUUUAUGUGGGAGAGUAUAGCUUUAACCAGUGCUGGAACUGAAAGUGAUAAGUCUUUACCACUAGUAUAGAGCUAGGACUCAGCCAACACACCUGUGAAGACUCUAACCAGGAUCUAUUGAGUAGGCAGCAUGAUUUUCAUAUUUUGUUUAUAAAAUCCCUAAACAUUAAAAUGUACAGUUCCAAAUUAGUAGCCGGGCAAUUCCAGUACACAAAUUCGGCAAAUUUUGUGUUAACUUUUAAUGCUUAGAAUAAAGGCUGUUAAUUUUAUGCUAGUCUAGAAUCUGCCUCAAUGUUCUUUGAUAUGAAGAAUGGGGUUUUCUUCUUUAUGUUUUUAUAAUUAAGACAUAAAACAUUAUGUAUCAUGCAUGCAUUCUGUUUUCUUUGUUUUUUCUUUUGUUUUUUUUACAUCAUGUGACUUAAUUGAUAUUUCUAUUACAUGAUUCAGCCUGGCAGGAUAUUAAAGUGGGAAAUUUAAGAUGCAUUAAACAAUAUUAGAGUUUAAUAAAGGAAGUAUUUUAUAACCACUUUACUAAAUACUGAUUGAAGAUUGUAGAAUAUUACUCAUUGGUGUAUUCAAGAUGUAGUGUUGAUAUCCAUUAUCUAAAUCUAAUAAGGCCAUAAAAUAUUUUCAUGAUUUAUUACUCUUUGGGAUGAAAAAUGUCUAAAUCAGGGGAAACUAAAUUUUAUUACCCUUAUAGUAGUAACAUGAGGAUGGAAAUUUAAUGUAGUGUUUUAAUGUCGGAAAAAAUAUUGCGCAUACAUGUACAAAUGUAUAUAUAUCAUAUAUCCCAUUUCUGGUGUUUUACACAAAUAUAUAUUCAUGUAGUCAAUUUUACUCUACUUAUUUCCCUUUUUUUGUAGAUUUUUAAGAUAAUUUUUUUUAUAUUCAAUUCAUCUAUCGCAAUUGUAUAUAGAUGUAAAUAGCUCUGUUAAGAAUUCCUAUAUAUCACUGUAUAAACAAAGUAUAUAUUUUUAUAUGUUACGUCAAAUACUGUUUUAUUUGUAGUUAAGAUACACCCAGUCUGAAUUGUCAUUUAAAGAAAAACAAAAAAGUCGUAAAACAAGAUAUUUUCAAAAUUUAGAGGGGUUUAUCACAAGUGGGGAGAAAUAUGGUCUGAGGUUUGUGGUCUUGAAAACUUCAAGGUUUUAAAUUUUAUGAGCUUGAUAAUAAAAUCAGACAACCUCAACAUUUGAACACCAGGUUAACCCCCACCCCAACCCCAUGUGUGGAAACACUUUGUUUUUUGCUGUUACAUAUCAACGCCUGGAAUGUAUUAAAAACAACAAGCAACAACGUUUAAGGAUAACAUAAUGUUGUUUCUUCUACAAGGAAGUUUUUGAUAUCUUUUAUUGUGCUGCUUUAUGACAUGUAGACACUUGUAUCAUGUCAAAAAGCUAGGUCAUGUGUUAUUAUAUAUAAAUGAUUACUUUCAUACACAAUCAGUGGUUUUAUUUUUACUUAAAAGUUUCUCCAGUUACUACGUUUUGAAAUCUUAAGAUAUUUAUUGCCACUAUUUGAUUGUGAGCAUGCCUUCUUUAAAGAUUCCACAUUAAUACAGAAUAAUGUUAAGGCAAAAAAAAUAAGUACAUUAGAUAACCCUUACCCUUAUGGAAAAAAGGUUAUUAGCCUUCAGCCAGACACACUUGUAAUUAUGUUUUUAACUUGUUAUCUUGAUAUACCCAAAAUUGAUAAUGGACAGUCCCAAAAAGACCAUUAAAAAGUCGGCAUGUUAUAGGUAUUUGAAAUGACAAUGACUAUUGUUAGAUUGUAAAUUUGUCAUAAGUACAGUUUCAGUUUUAAAAUCUUCAAUCAGAUUAACAGGAAUAAUAUAUUCACGGUCUGUGUUACAAUCUAAAUUAACUUAAGUGGAUUUUCUAAGAAAUUAAAGCUUCACAUUUCAAGUCGCAAUUAUCUCAUGUCUACACAUUAUCUACAUGUUUACAUAUCAAGUAAGUUGAUCUUGUCAUUUCCUGUCAAUUAAUGGCUCUUAUCUUUUUAUCCUUGUUUUACUUUUAAUUCUGUAUAGUCAAGAUGAUUUGAGAUAUUUUAUAGUGUUUAUACAUAUAUAUGUACAUUCCAUUCAUUACAUAACUGGUUGUAAUUAAACAUAUCAGAAAGACAA